ACCGUACCAAACAGCUGACAUCAAGACGCUCACGAGACCUCCCACUGAGUGCCAUGACAGCUGCUGCAGGUGUGACGUUGAUCUGGCACCCAUGAUUUCUACGCUGCAUCCCGAGGGCGUCCAGCCGCAGACGAAGCCCCCCGGUGUCAUGUCCGAGGUGCUGGGACAGAGGAGCUUGCUGGGCUUUGGGGUGUUGUUGGCAUGGCUGGUGCUGUUCCACCUGCUGGUCAACAUCUGGCUGCUGUGCGUCUUCACCAGCCUGUUGGUGGUGCUCGGCGGCUGGCUCGGCUCACAGGCGGUCCUGGAGUCGGACAGUGUGGUUCACCUGGAGAGGUUCACCUCAAUGGAACAGGUUCCUCCUUCUUUGGAGGACGAGCAUAACUUGGACCAGGAGAUCCACAACACCGUGAGGAAAAUCAUCAGGGACUUUGUGUCCUCCUGGUAUACGACUGUUUCCUCAGAAAGCAGGUUUGAAACGGAGGUUCAGGACGCCAUGAUCUCGAUGGCCAUGGAGCUGAAAGUGCGUGCCAGACAGGUCGACAGGAAGAAACUGACCCAGAGGAUCCUGGAUCUGUUCGGCUGUCACCUGCAGGACUUCAUCCGAGCCAAAGAGCUGGUGUCAGAGCAGCAGAAGCCUCUCACAUCAAAGUGGAGCAGUGAGAGCGAGCUGUGGAAAGCUUACUCCAAAGUCACCACGCCUCACCUCACCAUGACCAGCGAAACAGUGGAAGUGAACUACGCCCGAGCAGUCGUGGAUUUGCUGCUGCAUGUUUUGGUGCCUCCGUUGCAUCUGGAGACUCGCACCGGGCGCUUUGUGGUCGGGGAGCUCAUCACCUGCAACGUCGUUCUCCCUCUUAUUGCCAAACUGUCGGACCCUGAUUGGUUAAACUGCCUGAUCAUCGAGAUAUUCAGCAGGUCCACAGCACAGGAGUCGAUCAAACCAGAGCCUCAGACUCCAUCACCGCCAAAACUGCUACAACUGCCUGCUGAGUCAGAGCUCCCGCCACAACAAGAAGCGCCUCAGAAGACCAAUGAACCCACUCCAGUCAGAGCCACUAAUGAAGUGUUCAACCACACUGACUCAACCUCGUCUGAGCUUGGUUAUGAUGUGGUCGACUCAGAGGAGGCUGAGUGUGCGCAGAGCAUCGCUGACGAAGAAGAACCCACUCGACCCUUUUUGAGGCGCUACAUGAGAGGAAGCAAGUCCAACCCAUUCUACCAGGAGAAUGACUCUGAUCUGGAUUCUCCCUCAGUGGAGUACAAACAGAGCUCCAUAGACUCCCUGGUUAUGAUCGGGCAAGAGGAGGGUCUGUACCACGCACAGAAAGACUCGGUCUCAUCUGCGGAGAACAGCGUGGACCAGGAGGACGUCUGCCCCAGUCCAGUGGAUCUCUCCUGCCCUAAAGUCCUGGUGAACUCACAGCUGGUGGAGCAUCCAAACAGCUGCAGCCCCUCGCCUGUCAGAACAAGAGAUGGGGCCGUGAGCAACAACAGCAUCCAGGACGUAGAGAGAGAAGCUCCUUCAGCUAGCCCUGCCAGAGACCUCCUCCUGAGUGUAGAGGGAGGCUUAGGGAACUCCACAGAGCUGACUGAAGUGAGUCCGCUGCAGGCCUCGUCCCCAAUGCCAGCGUUCAGUUUUGAGCCCCUGAGCAGCCCGGACGGACCCGUCAUCAUCCAGAACCUCCGCAUCACCGGCACCAUCACUGCUAAGGAGCACCGCGGGACAGGCUCACACCCCUACACCCUUUACACCAUCAAGUAUGAGACAGCGAUGGGUUACGAACACCCCGGAGGCCUCCAGUCCAGCUCUGAGGAUGCUGAAGUUCUACCGUCAGCGUGCGAGAAUCCCUCCAUCCAGCCUGUCGCUUAUCACAUGGUCAACAGGCGAUACAGCGAGUUCCUCAACCUGCAAACACGCCUGGAGGAAAAAAACGACCUACGCAAACUCAUCAAAGGUGUAAAAGGGCCAAAGAAAAUAUUUCCAGACAUGCCGUUUGGAAACAUGGACAGUGACAAGAUAGAGGCCAGGAAAGGACUCCUGGAGACCUUUCUGAAGAACCUUUGUGCCAUCUCUGAGAUCGCCAACAGCGAGGAGAUGCAGGAGUUUCUGGCUCUCAACACAGAUGCAAGGAUCGCCUUCGUCAAGAAACCUUUCAUCGUGUCUCGCAUCGACAAGAUUGUAGUGAAUGCCAUCGUGGACACCCUGAAGACGGCGUUCCCUCGCUCAGAGCCCCAGAGCCCCACAGAGGAUAACGACGGAGAGGUGGACGGACUGAAAAUCUGUGGAGACAAGAAGAGCAAAUCUCGUAUGAAGUUCUCCAGUAAAAACAUCCCCCUCCUGAACGGCUCAGACAUCAGACCUCCUGUUUUGUUCAGCUGGGAGAAAACUAGCAAAGUGUUCAACAGGAUGUCUUUGGGAGAUUUACAAGGCUUCAUCGCUGAACAGGAAAAACUGGACGUUGGAGAGCAUCAGGAGCGGGAGGACAGUCCGGUGAUGAGAGAGUUCAGGGGACAUUUGGACGUGCAUGGUCAGGAGCCUGGAUCAGAGACGGCGCUGGCUGAGGUGGCUCUGAACAUCCUGUGUCUGCUGAUGAGGGAGCAGUGGAGCUGGCUGUGCAGCGAGAACAUUCAGAGGACCAUCAGGCUGCUGUUUGGGACCCUCAUCAACAGAUGGUUGGAUGUGAGUGUAGCCAACCUGACGUGCACGUCGUACUGGGUGGCGUACCUUCAGGUCAUCCAGGAGGCCGUGUGGCCCGGAGGAGCUCUGCCCACUGAGCCUCAACUGGAGCGCAGCCAGCAGGAGAAGGACGACACGAGGCAACAAGCUCUGCACUGUCUGAUGAGACUCCUACCAGAUCUGGUCUCAGACAUGCUGGGCUCAGACAAGUACAAACUCAGCUGGGAGACUGCGCUGGACUCUCUUCAGGACCCCUACAUCAACAGACACCUGGUCUACUGCAUCUUCGAUCUCCUGCUUGAGUUCCUGGUUCCGGAAGUCCCAGAGGAGGAUUUCCAGAGGAGCCUUCUGCAGACCCUCUCCAAAAACCCGGAGAAGCUGCUGGCAUGAGGAGACCCCCAAACCCUUCAUCCUCUCUCAUCAUCCUCACUGAUGGUGUGAGGUGACAGUGAGGAUGCUCCUGUUCUGCGUGAGAGCGUGAGUGAAUGUUCGGUGUAAGAAUGAAGAUUUUCUCCUCUGCUGCCCACGAUCAGGUGAUCCAGUUUACCUUUGUCCUGUUUUUAUGAGGAAAUCUGGACCUGAUCCAGGUUUAAAGAUGACCAAAUCCAGUUUAACAGUUCUUUACAUCGCAUACUUUGACCACAGGGGGCCCCAAAGUCACACAAAGUGAAAAAACUUUACAUUUCACAUUGAAUUCAUUUCUGCGGUGCCAAAAUCAAAUUUUUAACCAAACUGUUAAUCUUAUUAAAUAUGUCAGACUGUUAAAAGUAUCCAGUGCUGUGAGUUUGACCUACUUAGAAAGUUCUGUCACAUCUUGCUCCUGUAAUCUAGCUUGGUCAGGAUUAUCUUGAUUCUUCACACCAAAGAGGUCCAAACCGUCACAAACUGGAGGUUUGAUUCAGAUAAAAACUAAGACUGGAUUACCUGAUUUCAUCCCUGUUUCAACCUGAUGCUUUAAUCUGAUGAGAUCACCUGUUGUCAGCCUCAGUCCUUGUCUUUGUUGAUGUAUUUAACGUGACGCUCUCGAACACGCUGUCCUGUAAACACAAUCGCUCUAACACAUCCUUCAGUGGAAGCAGCUUUGAUUACAUGAGAGCAGCUGGUCCGUGUUAGAUCUCGUCUGACGUGCCGUUCACGUCUAAACAUGUGGCAAAUCCUCGCCUGAUCUCCACGUCCAGCUUCUUCCUGCCUCCUAAGCUCCCCGGCUUCCACUAAACUCACUUCAGAUGGUCCUCACACUCUGUCCUCAGACCCACACCUGCUGCUCCGCUCUGGAGGAGCAGCAGCGUUUCCCCCUCCACUUAAAUCUCAGGACCCUCUCCGGGGAUUGAGCAUCCCUGUUUCUGAGCUCUUCCUCAGCAUCCUACAGGCUCAGUCUCCAGCCACACACGUGAGUCUGACACAAUGUGAGCUAUACUUCCUAAACCCGAGCCGUCCUGAGGGAUCACAUGUCUCUGGUAGUGAUUUGAACCUACAGAUCUAGGUGUAGGGAAAGUACAUCCUGCAGUGCAGCGUGGUGAAGAGCUGUCCACGAGAUAUUUUACUGGCUGCACAGAAACGUCAUGCUUUCUUUAACAGGUCCCUCAGAGAAUGAUCUGUGCAGUUAAUGUCUAUAUUUUAUAGGAAGCUGGCUCCACAAAAACAGCUCUAUGAAGGACGGAGGAAGGAUUUGGCUUCGGUCCAUCAGAGGAGAGGUUUUGUUGGUUUCUGUAAAACAGUUUCUGGAGUCUCUGUGUCUUUAAGAUCGUUAUCUGUGAUAGGUGGCUAACGUAGCGGCGUUACAGCUCAGUAUAGAAGCAUACUUUCUCACAUAUUGUAGCUGCAUUGAUCCAUGCUGUUAGCUUUGAGUUAAUCUGCAGGAUUAUCAGUUUCUGUUUCUGCAGAAAUGCACGGACCUCAGCCUGCAGGGGGUGAAGAAAACUGAGGAGUGGUGACGAUGUUAUGAAGUGAAGCGUGCAUAUUAACCCUAACUUAUAGCUCUUAUGUAUUUCUGGAGGUUUUAGAGACUUAUGUUUCAUCCACAUUGAUCUCAAGUAGCAGAAUUCGUUCCUGAAGCUCUUCUUCUUCAUCGUGCCUCAUCGUGCCUCAUCGUGCCGGCUGACCUCCCUCUCCUGAUUGUGCCUCCGUCUAAAUGGUCCCUCGGUUGCAUGCUAAUCUGAAUGCAUACUUGUGGUGCAGUUUUUCCCGCUCCACUGCAUUCAGGCAAUCCUUCUCACGCCUCGGUUCCUCAUGCACACAUCUCACUGACUGCAUUUCAUCGUGCAGCUUCAGUUCCUGCUUCCACAUUUGAUGCAAAUUGAAGUCUGUGUUCUUUGAUUCUUGUUUACACUUUCCACAGCACAAUAUGUGACUAUUGAAGUCCAUGUUCCCACUAAGAGACCAGGUCUGGUUUUUAAGUGCAGCCAGAUUAUGUCUUGAUGGUUUAUGAAAGCCUUAAACACUCAGAUUAAAUCAAAGACACAUUCAGACGUGGUUUGAAAUUCAUCUGAGAUCAGUGUCCUGCAUGUUUGCCUCAGUGUGGAGGUCUGGUAGCUCAAAUCAAACUUUGAAGCGUCUGUUUGGCAUCUGAAGAGCAUCAGAGCAUCAUCAGCUGACAUCCUUCUGUCGCCACAAAGUGACAGAAACGUGAUCGGCAUGUUUGCCUUUUCCUCAAGAUGAGUUAAGCCCAACAAAAACAGACGAUUAUACGUAGACGAUGGUAAAAAAAAUCUAUCCUCAUCUCUGGUAAGACCAUGCAGCUUCGCCAGUAUCUACUUCAAACACAAGGAGUAAACAGUAAGACCUCUUCUCAAGCAGUCUUCAGAAACUCCUCCUGUUCUUAUUUUUUAAACACCCAUUGUUUAUCUGACACCUCCACCUCUGCCGUCCUGUCGUCAGUGAGCUCUGUGAUCCUCUCGUCACCACUCAAACCAUCUGAAGAGAGUUUAAACGAGGUCGCCUUCCUUCCUUCCUUCCUUCCUUUCCAACAAACUGUUAACAUGUUUUUGCACUUUGAGUUUCCGCCUUGUUGCCUCGUCGUUGUGACAUUAAAAUCAGACUCUUUACGGGUUACAUGAAGACAUUAUCAAACACAGAAAUCUAUUCCUCUGUCAUGGACGUGUGGAACCUGAAUGUCUUAAAAGUAGUCUUUAGUUGCAGUUCUAGAGUGGAGAUAAUAAUCUAGAUUAAAUCAUUCUUUGUGUCGUGAAUCCAGUUUAGAAAAGUCAUGAUGUGAGAUGUAAAACUGCACAUUUCAAAGAUUAUGUUUUGGACUUUAAAGCCAGCUUUAAAUGUAUGUUAUUGAGACUUAAUAAGCAGCAUUCCUUCAUUUCAAAGACCUCUAACAGCACUCACGUCUCCUGUAAACAAGUCUGCAUAUUCAGUCAAACCUGGGAAACGUUACAUUCCAACAUGAAGUCAAAAAGGAGUCCUGUCUCAGCAUUUUCAUUCCUGCUGUUUUGCACUUCCUCGUCUUGAAAUGCCUUCGUUCUUCGUGAUUCAUCGUAUUUAUUUACAUAUUUAUUUGUUGAUUAAUUCAGUGACCUCCGUCCGUUAAAGAGAGAGCGAGGUGCUGACAGAGAGGAGCGUCCUCUCUCUCUAAUGAAGUGCUCGAUGAAGUUUGAUCUGUUGUGCGGUGAUCAGCUGAUCAUGCCUUAGUUACACAGAAGCACCUGUCUCUGCUCUCUGUGUCAGACUGUGCUUUAAUGUUGAAGCUCUUAUUGUUCUUUGUUGUAAAGAAAGUUAAAGUUACAUGUUGGUUAUCUCCCUGCUGCCUGUUAGUGCCACCGUUACCACGAACACAACUAACUCCUCUCAAGAGCCUGUUCAUGAGUCUGUACUUCACUGCUUCAGUCUCUGAGAAACAUAAUAAUGCACAUUCCUUAUUAUUCCUCAUUAUUCCUUAUUAUUCUUUAAUAUUCCUCAUUAGUAUUAUUCCUGAUGUCGUCUGUCUUUAUUCCAGGGCGAGUUCCCUCCAUCACAGAGAUUCUUGUUUGAGGUUUAAACCAGUCUGACUUUGUUUUUAUACAUAUCCAUAAACUUCUUCUUUUACUACUUUUGAAAUCACAUUCCAAAUAUGUUUGUUGUAAAUUUAGUUGUCUAAAAACUUGCUCACAGGCAGUGGACCAUUUUUUUUUUUUUGCUAUGUGGUGUUCAACCAUCCUGCAGAGAAAUCAUUAAAUGUGUAAACACAGAGAUCUUAAAUGAAGGACAGUAUUCUGUGGUUUAUUUGUUGUUCUGUGAUGAUUGAGCUGUCGAAGAAGAUUGUGAGUUUGGAGUUUUAGUUAUUUAAGCUAUCGAAAUAUCAAAUACAAGGUUUGCUUUAUUGAAAGAGAAAAUGUAACAAACAUUAUAAGGUCAAAAAAACUUUCUAACUGGAAUAAAAACAGAAAUGAGGCAAAAAUGAACUGAAACUGAAUUAUGUACAUAAAUGUAUAUAUAUACAAAACUAACUAACAUGAGAUAAAGUUAAAGAGUAAAUCAUGUCGUUUUCAUAUUAGUCUGUUUAUUAGUAUGACAGAGGAUUUCAGCCACAUCAAGCACUGGAAAUAAAUGAGAGAUUUAAGAGAUUUUCUUUUUAAAUUUACAAGAAUAAAUUCAUGAGAGAUAAAGAAUCAGAUCUAUGAGAAUAAUGUCACAAAUGAAAUCAGCCUGCACAUUUUAGAGAAUAAAGUUGUAAUUUUGUGUGAAAGAAGUCUUAAUGUCAGGCUCUGGUUGAUCUAUAAGCAGACUUAAAAUAUGCAGACAAACAAGGAUGAUGGAUUCAUUUGUGAAGUUUAACCAAACAGCUUAUGAGCAUGAGCGUGCUCAGGCUGCCUGUUAGUCGCUCUUCUUCUUCUCUUCUACAGAUGUAUGUUUUUGCACGAUGGAUUCAGAAUCCUGAUUCUUCUGUAAACAUGUAAGAUGUGCCAAAAGAUUGAAAAUUCUGUUUCCCUCACGAGUCGCUCCACGUUCUUUAUUUUAGUUCAGGCGGCUGCUCGUCAAAAGAACUGAAGCCUUAACUCGUGACUUUAUUCUCAAAGAUUGUGACUUUGUGGUCAUAAAUAAGUUUAUUUUCAUUAUUUUAUGACUUUAUUCUUUUUUUUUUUUGUAUUCAAUAGACUUAAUGAUCCGUCAUAUUUUGGGUAGAUAUUUAAUCUGUUGUCUAGUUUUUUUUGUGGUGAUAGUUUUCAGCAGUUGGCGCCACGUGACGUCACACAUCUUUGUGUUGAUCCUACUUUUUUUAAAUCACAGCAACAGAAAACAAAACAACUAUCACCAACACUAAGACUGAUAAACACUAGACUAAAAGUUAGUAUUGAAAAGAAGAAAGGAACUAAAGGAACAACUAACUCUGAUCAAAUGUGUUUCAGACUGAUAUUUUUUAACCAUCUUCAGCGUCUUAGAGACUGACCGGACUUAACCCCUCAUACCAACAUAAAAGCAAGAACAUUUCAGCUCUAAUGAGGCAUUUCAUUCUUUAAAGGCUCCACUGAAACAAGAAGGACGAGAUGUUCUGCACAUUUUAUGACCAUAAAAACAUAACACCAAAAACUUCAUGUAAAAAUAACAGGCUCUCGUUAAAGGUUCUUAAAAAGUCACGGGAGGAGACGUUGCUGUAGUGGUGGCAUUAAUCUGCAGCUGUUCAGAUGGAGUGUGAUCUACAACAUGUUUCAUGUAAAUAUUGUACACACUAUGCUGUUUGUGUCUUCACUUCCUGUUUAUGCCAAACUGUAAUUAAACUGAAGCUUUAUGUGUCGUAGAGAAGAGAGAGACCCUGUACAGCUUUGUCCUCGUUUCCUCUCCGCUCAUGUGAACAUGUGAACAUGUGAACAUGUGAACAUGUGUUGUGCAUGUAAACUUGUGACUCUGUCUUUUAAAACCUUCACUGGUUGUUUCUGUGCAUAUUUACAAAAAACAAUAAAGGUACCAAACAUGAGUUAUUAAAUCUC